UUCUCGUCUCAUUCUUCACACGGACAAGCAAGAAGAAGAAGCACAGGCAGUCUCUUGGCACGCAAUUUGACUCAAAAGUAUUAUUAGUUUCUCUUCACUUUAAUCAGCCAUCACGUAUCCGUUUUGCCCCUUUUCGUGUUCGCAGUCGAGCAGUAUGGCAACGCGUCGUGCGAAGCAUGCGGGAAGUUGGUAUUCAUAUAACGCGCGUGAGUUGAAUGAGCAGCUUCAAGGAUGGUUGUCCGAUGUGAACACAGUUUAUGGACCUGCUAGAGCAAUCAUUGCCCCGCAUGCUGGAUAUGUUUAUUGUGGUUCUUGUGGUGCCUAUGCUUACAAACAAGUUGACCCAGCUAGAGUGAAGCGUGUUUUUAUUCUUGGUCCAUCUCACCAUGUUAACUUAAAUGGUUGUGAUUUGACUGGUUGUUCUUAUUACUCUACACCUUUUUAUGAUUUAGAAGUAGACAAAGCAGUUAAUGAUGAGUUAUGGAGAACAGGACAUUUUGAUAGAAUGACUAAAUCUACAGAUGAAAAUGAACAUAGCAUAGAACUGCAUCUUCCUUAUAUAGCCAAGGUUAUGGAAAGUAAAAGAGAUCAAUUUACUAUUGUACCAGUUCUUGUUGGUACACUGUCUCCAGAGAAAGAAAGAAUAUAUGGAGAGAUAUUCAGUAAAUAUUUACUUAAUCCAGAGAACUUAUUUGUAAUAUCUUCAGAUUUCUGUCAUUGGGGAAAGAGAUUUCGUUACCAUUACAGAGACUCCAAAUAUCAUCACAUUUAUCAGUCUAUUGAAGCUUUAGAUAGAAAGGGUAUGGAUCACAUUGAACGGCUUGAUGCUGCUGGUUUUUCAAGUUACAUUGAAAAAUAUUCCAACACAAUAUGUGGACGUUAUCCUAUUGGUGUCUUUUUGAGUACCAUUCGAGAGUUAAAAAAACUGAAUGGCUUAACUCCAAAAAUGUCAUUCAACUUUUUGAAGUACUCCCAGUCCAAUCAGUGUAUGACAACUGAUGAUACUUCUGUUAGUUAUGCUGCUGGUGUCCUGCUAAUGUCAUAGACUUAGAAAUAAUAGUUAAAAUAUUUUACUGAAAUUUAACCUUGCUUUCUGCUUGAAUCAUAAUAUUCUUUUUCAUUUUAUUAUGAAAACUAUUGUUUGGUGUCUUUACUGUCAAGGGAAUUUUUGACAGUUGAUAUUGCAUACUUUUAAUAAAUUUGCUAAUUUAUUAUCAAAAAAGAUAAUUUUGUAUAUUUUCAAAGUAUUGUAUUUUGCCAGUAAUUUGCGCUUAUAGGGCUGUGCYUCACAUUUAAGACAAUGUUAGAAAAUUGAACUUCUGCUAAAGUUUUUAGUUGCUUUCAAUUGCCAUGGUACAUGCAAAAGCAUUAUCACUGGGUUGAAUAAUGACUGUAUUUUUAGCAUUGAUUGAUAGCUUGCUAAUUAAAUUCACUGAAAAUUUCAUUAAAAAAAAUUGUGAAAAA